UCUCUGUCCUCUGAUCACGUAUUCAGAAUUGGCUUAUUCCGUUUAUUGGACAUUGGUAGUUGUAGGAAAUUCGAUAUAUGCAGAGAUAAAUCAGAUGAAGGUUCCAUUUUCAUAACCUUGAAAUCAAAUUCUGUUUACUGUACUUUCAAGGCUGAUCAAGUUAGACCUAAAAAUUUAAACACUUCUUUUAACUGCUAUUAAUAGCUCAAACAAGGUAUUUUUAUUCCUCAUGAACUAAGUUUCAAUGAUAUUGACUAUUGAGGGAACAAAUUUAACUCCUAGAAAAACGGAGUGAAUUCAAAAUGUCUUGUAAAAUUUUUAUGGAUAGAGGCCCCCACUUAUCGGGCGCAGCAGUUCAAGGAAGGUUAGAAUGCGUUUUCCACAAAUCUGAAAAAAUAAGAGGCAUUAAGCUAAGGGUUUUUGGAGAUGAGCGUACCGAAUGGAUUGGAUCUGAACAACAUUAUGAUGAAGUAACUAAAAGAUAUGAGACUAUAUCAUUUCCUCUAACAGGGGAUAAUAAUUUAAUUGAUUUUGAACUAAUGCUGUUUGGUGGUGUAGGAGAAACACAUUUAGGACCCGGAACAUUCAACUAUCCAUUUACGUUUCAAUUGCCCCCAAAUCUACCUUCAAGCUUUAUGAAUAAUCAUGGAUAUAUCCGUUAUGGUGUCAAAGCUGUAGUAGACAUUCCAUGGGCAAUGGACUAUGAAGAUAAAAUGUAUUUUGAAGUGGCUUCACCAGUCGAUUUGAACACUUUUCCUAUGGAAUGCUUUCAACCUGUAUCACGUUCUGAUAGUAAAACAGUUUGUUGCUGGUGUUGCGCACAAGGUGAAAUUUCUUUGGAUAUCAAUAUAAAUAAAACUGCUUUUGUUCCUGGAGAAAAUGUGAAAUUGUUUAUGACUUUAACCAACAUGUCAAACUCUAAUGUGGAUGAAGUAUCUGCGAAGUUUAUGCAGUAUGUUAAAAGUAAAGUGGAGCAUCCGCAUUAUGAACAUAAAGAAGACCAAUAUGAAUUUGGUUUCAAAACAUGGUCAGGAGUCGGAGCUCAUGGUGAGAAUCAGUACGAUAUGGAAAUUCCCAUUCCUCCACAAGCUCCAUUUCCUAAUUUGAAUCGUAGCAGUCUGUUCGAAAUUUCGUAUGAUGUGGAAAUAUGUGCUAAUAUUGAUGGCUGCCAUUCAAACAUGGAUCUAAGUUUUAGUAUAGAAAUCGGUCACAUCCAGCAUCAAAGUCAACUAGGUUCUAAUCCAUUGCCUCCAGUUGAAGGAAUAGCCCCUGUUUAUCCACCUACUACAUCAGGUUAUCCAUAUCCUAUUUCUCAACCAACUGCACCACUGGUGAACACAGGAGGUCCCAAUGCAGGUACCCAAUAUCCCCAGCCAUCUCAAAUGCCUCAGCCGUCUGGGCCUCCAUAUCCUACAGGUUCUAACACUGGAGUUGUAUUACCCCCUGAUUAUCAAUCAGUUUACCCUACAGGACGUCCAGAAUCAUCUUCAUCAAUGAAAAUGAAAGCGGCAGAAAGUCAUAAUCAUGGUGAUGAAGCUCCAUCAGCACCUCCUACUACUGAUGAUCUUCCACCAUCCUAUGAAGAUGCUUCUAAAUUUGAAAAGAAAUAGUGACGAACAUAUUAAUCUUAGAUUUUAUAAAAUAGGUCAAAUCAGCGAAUUAUUGGUAUAUUUGAGCAUACACUACGUAAGUCUUAGAAAUUUUUAUAAGCUUUUAUUUUCAUUCAUGCUCAUUUUGAUAUCUAGAAAUUGAAAAUAAUAUUUACAUUGCGAAUUCAAUUAUACUAUGGUGCUAUUUGGACUUGUGUUUUAUACACAGGUAUUAGCUAUAGUUCUAUACAUAUUUGAUUUAACAAGAACUUAUAAUAGGUAUGUUAUUUUCACUUUAUAAGUGGUGUUUAAGAAUUUUUAUAUUCCAACAUUUUCAAAUUUAAAUUUUCAUCGGCUAAUUACAUGAAAUACUCAAUUCAUUCGGCUAGUGAAAUGUUUUCAUAUGUUAUUCUUUAACUAUUGAUUCAAAUAAUUUAUCACAAAUGAGAUUUUAUGUCUGAUUAUUUUACUAUAGUGAGUAUAUUACAUUAGAGAUAUGAAACAAUUCUGCUGACAGAAAGUAUUUUAGAUACUACGCCUUAAAUUUGAUAAUGCAUUAAAUCAAAUAUAGUAUGAUAAUAACUAUUAAAAUAUAGAUCUUAAAUAUUUUUCCUAAAAAUGAAAAAUGUGAUAAGAGUUUGAUACGUAUAGUAUAUUUUAUAUCUUCAGAUUUGGGGAAGACAAUUGUCAAAUUUGACUAAUGGUAAAAUGAACUUUUUAUUCCAUGUUCUCAAAAUUUCUUGCUUUUUUUGUAUGUUGAAAUAAGUGAUUCAUAUACAAUAUUUUAUAUAAUUGAUAUUGAUAUUUGUUAACGUAUGGUAUGAGUAGUUAUUUGUCAUUAUUUUAAGAUUAUAGUAAAUAUAUUGCCAUAAGUUUUUAUUCAAGCAUUGAUUUUCAAUGAACGAGGUAAGAAGUAGUUAUUUUACAGUUUACAAUUUAGACUAUAGUUGCCCAUGCUAUUUCUGAUAUUAAUAAUUUUAUUUGUCCUCAGGUUGUUCAAUUUCUGAACUAUAAAUUUUUUCAACCAUA